UAAAUGCAAACUCGCCGCUAUUAACAAAGCAAAAAAUCUCGACAUUGAGCUAAUGAGCCAUGUGACAUGUGAUAUCACUAUGAUUAUUUUGAUCACUCAGUGUAACCAAGGAAGGCGGUUCGGUCAGACAGUGUUGGCGAGACAGGAAAAAUAAUCACUUGACAUGCCCUUCGAAAGGGUCUGGGACGAAACCUGCCCUCGGAUAUGGGACCAGUGGCAGGCUGACGGUACAAGGUAUACCAUCCAGGACCUACCUCCGGAGGACGACGAGGAAGCCGUCAAGGUUCUGCUGGAGAACCUGGCCACUGAUGAGGUUCUUUGUAAACUCCAGGGGCUCGUCGACGACCCAGCGAGCAUGCGCGGAAUGGCCGCACUGUGGAGGAACAGCGUCGCGCUGCGUAUGAGUCUCGCUUGCUAUGCGGAGAGAGAUGGCGCGAGACAACUGGUGGCCGUCAACGUGUGCUUGGUCAAGGAGAAGGGUGUUGAGCCGCAGUAUGAUUUUGAAGGCGAAAAAUAUAAGAACGUGUUGGAUGCAGUUGUGCACUCAGAGAAGAAGGCAAACCCUUUGGAAUACCUUGGUCUGGACAAGGCUCUAGCGGCCCUGGGUCUAACUGUUGUCAGAGAGUAUAGGGGAGCCAAGCUGGGAUCCAGGAUUUUGUCUGCCAGGGAACCACUGUGCCGCGCGCUUGGCAUCGGCGGGACUACAACCAUCUUCACAGGGAUAGCAGCUCAAAAAUCAGCCGCGCGGAGUGGCUUCCAUAGCAUAUAUGAAAAUCCUAUCAAGGAGUACGCUGAUGUUGGCCUGGAUUACCCAAAAGAUGACGAACGGGUCGUCAAGAUUAUGGUUAAGAAAUAUGUAUAAGUGUUAAUAGUUAUAGUGCAAUGAGUUGUAGUCGGAAUAAUUUUGAAAUUUUUUUGCAAGAUUUUCGAUUGAAAAACGACCAUCAGGGCGUCUGCUCAGAUAGUUUCAAGAAUACAUUAAAAAAUUUUAACUUCUACAAUUACGCCGUUGUUCAUAAAAGGUAACUUUGAGCUAAAGUAGGUACCUAUAUUUUGCUCUUUCUCUCAAAUGUCAUAUAUUAUAAAGUGCGAUAGUGACAAAACAUACUUUAGCUUAGAUAAUGACAUAAAAAAUAAUAAUAUUAUGUAAAA